UCACUUUACCGGUUGUGUUCUUUUAUUAUAGUUUUGUAUAAUUUCCAAUAUAAUUAUCAAGAGAUAGUUGCAAUUUAUUUUAAUCAGCAAAAAAUUUAACAAUGUUUUUAUUUAGUUCGUUUUUAAUUGUAUUGUUAAUGAGUGAAAGUUUUUGUGAAGAAGAGUCUAAAGUUGUAAAAUUGGGAUAUGAUAAUUUUGAAAAGUCAUUAAAAUCAAACAAUUAUUUUGUUGACUUCUUUGCACCAUGGUGCGGACAUUGCAAAAGACUAACUCCUAUCUGGGAAGAACUGGCUAAUGAGAAAAAUCAUCCAAGCUCAAAUCUUGUUGUCGCUGAAGUAGAUUGUACUAAUGAGCAAGAGUUGUGCGCUGAUCAAAGUAUUAAAGGAUACCCGACAAUAAUACUUUUUAAAAAGGGGGAAGCACCAAUCCGAUAUUUAGGUCAUAGAGAUAUGGAAUCAAUGAAAAGCUUUUUAAAUGAACAUAUUCCUGAAGAAAAGCAUAUUCCAGAGGAAGCUGUUUCAGAAGAAACAUCACCAAUAGCACUUGUAGAAUUAGAUGAAGAAAUAUUUCAGGAUCAUAUUAAUAAAGAAUAUAGGUUUAUUGAAUUUUAUGCCCCAUGGUGUGGUCAUUGUCAAAAGUUGGCUCCAACCUGGGAAGAAUUAGCUGAAUCAAUGAAACAUCUUAGUAAACUAAGAAUUUCUAGAAUCGAUUGUACAAUGUUUAGACCGAUCUGUCAAGAGCAUGGUGUCAAAAGUUAUCCCACAUUAUUAUGGUUUAAAGACGGAGAAAAAGUUGAGAAGUAUUCAGGAUCACGUAGUCUUGAAGAUUUCAAAGCAUAUAUCACAAAAAUGAUGGGCGAAGAUGCUGUAGAACAGUUCCCACCAGAAGUUAGUGUAUUGAAUUCUGAAAACUUCUAUCAAAUGGUUAACAAAGGAUAUACAUUUGUUAAAUUUUAUGCACCAUGGUGUGGUCAUUGUCGAACCUUAGAACCAGUUUGGGAAAAAAUUGCCAAACGUGUUCACAACAAUUACCGGGGAAUGCGGGUUGCCAAAGUGGAUUGUACUAAAAAUCGUGAUUUGUGUAAUGAUCAACAAAUAGAAGGCUAUCCCACGUUGUUCCUAUACAAAAAUUCGGAAAAAGUUAACGAAUAUUACGGCGAAAGGGAUUAUGAUGAUUUAUUAGCAUUUGUAGAUUCUGCUCUUACAAGUAGUAUGCAUGAUGAGUUGUAGAAAACAGAUUUCAUGCAGAGAUCUAUUCUUAGUUAUGGUAAUUUUUAAAUUUUGUUUUCUUUUUUUUAACGGAUUGUUGUCGUUUAUAAUAUUUAAGCUUUUACAAUAUUUAGUUUUUAAAAUUUAGUAUGUUUAUUAAACUAGUUUACCAAUAUACAAAAAAUACUUUCUACAGUUAAUACGAGUAUACAUAACAUAUAAAAUGAAUUGUACAAAAAAUAGAAAUUUUGUAAUCAUAAAGUAGACAGUACAAUAGGUAUUGUGCAUUGGAUAUUUAAAAGUUUCAAUUAAAUGUAUAAACAGU